UUGAAUGCUCCCAUUUCCUGAUUCCUCCUACUCACACCCAUGACCCUAACUAGAUCGCUCCUCCGCUCCUCCUUCUUUUUCCGCCGCCGCCGUCCACGCUCCAAUGCCGGACGCAGAAUCUCCCCCUUCUUCAGGAGGAGAUCCCCCGCUGGCGACAAUCCCGAGCCGUCCUCUCCCAAAGUCACGUGCAUCGGCCAAGUCAGAGUCAAGUCGCAGAAGAAGGUCAAGCAAUGCCGCCGCCGCAUCAACGGCGAAUCCAGUUUCCGCAGCGCCUCCGUGCCCUCGUUCCAGCGCUGGGUGCAUUUGCCCUGCUUUUCCGCUGUCCUGCGUGAGUUCUUCUGCUUGUUCCGCUGCAAGUGUGAGAGGUGGUGGUGCGGCGGAGGGAGGAGAAAGAUGGAGAUUGCUGUCAAGUGCAGCGGAGAGGAGGAGGAGAAGGUGAAUUCGAAUUCGAGACAACAUGUUUUUGAUGACAUUGAGGUGAACGGCGAUAGAAUUGAGGUGAAGGGGCGGAGCUUCGAGGAUGAAUGCGCCAUUUCUGUACCUCCUAAAAAUGCGCUUCUGCUGAUGAGAUGCAGAUCUGAUCCAAUCAAAAUGGCCGCCAUUGCUAACCGGAUUAGCUCCGAUGCAGCGAGGUACGAAAAUGUAGCGAUUCAACUCCAAGAAGACGAAGAAGAAGAAGAUGAUGGUGAUGAUGAUGAAACCAGUAGCUCGGAUGAAGUGUUCGAAGCUCGAGUUUUGGAGCAAGUACAGAAAGAAUUUUUUGCCAAUGAGGCAGAGAAUAAUGAAAAAACCGAGCCAGAAGAAGAUGUUGAAUCCAAUAUGUCCUCAUUUGAAGCUCUUUUAGAAACAGAGAUUGAACCAAAAUCAGAUCAAAAGCAGGAAAUUCAUCAAGAAAAGGGGACAUUGCCGGAAUGCUUGCUGUUGAUGAUGCGCGAGCCGAAGCUGUCAAUGGAGGUCUCCAAAGAAACGUGGGUUUGCUCCACCGACUUCAUUCGGCUGGAUCCGGAGCGCCCAAGGAGGGCCGCCGCCAAAGCCGAUGCAGAGCCUCCAAUAGUGAAGAAGAUGGCCUCUGUGGAGAAGUCGAAGCCCCGAGUUCCUGAGCCGCCGAGGAGGAACAACGACUCGCAGCCGGCGCGGUCGUCGUGCUCUCUGCCGGCCGACGGGAAGUGCGAGCCGCUGGAGCUGACUAGGUGCAAGUCGGAGCCGAUGAGUAAGGCGGCGGCUAAGCUAAUGCCGGAGGCCGGUUGCUGAAAGGGGAGCCGAUCAGAGUCGGCGCGUCGGGAGUCGGCUGUUGAGCUGAGACAUGGAAAAAUAAUUAAAUGGAGAUUAUUAUUUAUUACAGUCUUGUAUAGUUUGUAGUGUUACUCCUUUCUAUCUAUAAUUUGUAAAUCAUUUUUGUUGUUUUGGUUUU